CGGGGACUCAGAUGAUAGCGAAGAAGACCCGGGAAAUAGUGACCUCACAUCUCUGGGGUUGACAAGCCAAUUGCACAGGCAGACUCCACCGUCUCGCCGAGUGCCAGCAAGAGUCAUGAGUACUUGUCAACUCGACUCCUCAACUGGAGAUAACUUUCUAGCACCUCACCAUGGGGAAGGAUGUAUUCAUAUGCCUUCACCAGCACCUGCAUUAAACAUGCAUAGAGUUACACAAGUUCUUACCACCUUGGGGCACCAUUCAGGGUGCCUUUUCAUCUGAUUAAAUUUAUAAUGAACAGGGACAUUGCGGUUGUCCCAAGUGGAUGGUAUGAUGAUAGGAUGGUUUUCUGGCCCAGCUAUAAAAACACCGACAGAAUUGAAAGGGCAGCUUUAAAUGAGGAGCAGCAUGAGCCAAACUGGCCAAGAUUUGACGUUUCUGUUGUCCGAACUUGUGACAACUACAAAGACGCAUUAAAAAUAAUGCAACAAUAUGGAAAGGGCUGCGACACCUCAGACCUGCAAUCUGAGGCAGAGAACGAGAAGCUGCCAGAAAAAAGGAACAGGAAGCCAGUCCAUCGUCUCGGGGACUCAGAUGAUAGCGAAGAAGACCCGGGAAAUAGUGACCUCACAUCUCUGGGGUUGACAAGCCAAUUGCACAGGCAGACUCCACCGUCUCGCCGAGUGCCAGCAAGAGUCAUGAGUACUUGUCAACUCGACUCCUCAACUGGAGAUAACUUUCUAGCACCUCACCAUGGGGAAGGAUGCAUUCAUAUGCCUUCACCAGCACCUGCAUUAAACAUGCAGAGAGUUACACAAGGAACGGCAGUCCCUCCUCGACUCCCUCCACCCCCCUCACCAGCAGCCCUCAACAUGUGGCAGACAGAGGAGCCUGGAUCCAGCCUGGCCUACAGGCCAACAUGGCGAGGGGGAAGAAUGGCCGACAACAUUUCCUGCUCUGCGCCUGAGGUAAUCCACAUCCUUAGCCUGCUGGAAACUAUUAAGCACAACCAAGACCAGCUGAUUGCAAAGGUGCUGUGAGUAAAAAUGUGUUGACAAGGUCAGCCACGGACGCUGAGGUCACCAAACACGCCAUCAGGUGGUUCAACUUGGCGGGGGAUCGGGCAACGAGGAGACGAGUCCCGCUUCCACCUCCUCAGGAGGAAUAGAGAUGUAUAUGUAUAAAUAAACAACCUUUU